AUGCAGCGCGACGAGGAGGGGCCCCUCGCCAGGUGCAGAAACCCGAGCGCCAUCCUGAUGUCUCGGCUGAAGCAGGCCCGGCAGGCGCGGCCGCCCGAGUCGCCCGCGCCGCCGCCGGAGUGGCGCCGUGAAGAGGCGCGGCCACCCGUGCCGCCGCCAGCGCGGCGCCAGAUGCGGCCACCCGAGCCGCCCACGCCGCCUCCGGAGAGAGCGGCGGCCGAGACCUCGGGCUGCAGGGCGCCGUGGCGCGAGGAGGCGCGGAGCAGCGGUGGCGCGGAGCAGCGGCGCCGUGCGGAGCAGCGGGCCGCGGCGGACGGGGAGUUGAGGGCACAGCUGCAGGAGAAGGACGCGCAGCUGCAGGCGGAGGCGGCGGAGCUGCGCCGCGCCAGGGCCGCGGCGGCCUGGGCGCAGCGCGCGGAGGAGGGCGCGGAGCAGCGCGAGGCCGCCGCGCAGCAGGCUCUGCGCAGGGUGCAGGACAUGCACGCGCGGGCGGAGCUGGAGGAACAGCGGUGGGCGGAGGCCGCCAGACGGGCGGAGGAGUCCGUCGAGGCUGCCGGCGAGGCGUGGCGGACGGAGUAUGAGGUGGAGCUGCAGAAGUUACGGGCACAGCUCAGGCUGAGCGAGGCGAAGCUGGCCAGCGAGGCGAAGGUUAGAAGGAAGGCCAAGGCGAAGGAGCACCUCCUCACCGAGGAGCUAGCGGAGCACCAGGGCCGCAGCUCGCAGCUGCAGGAGGAGCUACUCGAGGCCGAGGCGCUGCGGUGCCAGCACGAGCUCGAGAGGGCCGAGUGGGAGGCAGAGCGCCAGCAGCUGGAGGAGGCCCUCGAGGACUACCGCCUCGCCGAGGCGGAGGUCAAGCUGGAGGGAGCUGAGCUGUACGAGGAGGACGCAGCGCCUCAGGAGGACCUGCAGUCCGAGGUGGAGGACUUCAUCCGGAGGUCAACGCUCGACACCAAGGCGGCCGACGCCCUGCGGUCCGAGGCUCCCCACAUCCAGCGCGCGGUCAUGCUGCGCGACCAGGAGGGGCCCCUCGCCAACUGCCGCAAUCCGAGCGCCAUCCUGAUGUCCCGGCUGAGGCAGGCCCGGCAGGCGCUGCCACCCGAGGACCAUGACGAGGCAGCGCCUCGGCUGGACGGGCCCGCUCUGGCCGCGGCCGUCGCCAAGGCCCCCGCCGCGGCCCCGCGCCUGCCGCGGCCCCGCCCCUCGCAGCCGCCCGCCGCCGCAGAAGCGCCCCCCGGCGGCACGCCUUGGAGGAGAGGGGCUGCAAUGCCCGCGACGCGCGGCUCGACGUCGCAGACGGCGGCGUCGCUGUGUGACCCCGCGCCGACAUCUGCGUACAGGUACGGGCUCUAG